AUGACACAGCCUACAAACCCUGUUCAGGUGUCAUUGCCUGAAAGCUGUUUGAUCAGCCUCUCUAACGAAGCGAAGGAGGCUCCUUGCAACGAGGCAGCGGUUCUCGCUGUGGAGUUUUCUGUCAUUGCGAACAAGGCGGCUCUCGGGUCGCUACAAGCCUUCUGUACGUUUCUAGGGAAAGUCCAUGAGACCGGUGCCUUCUCUUCGUGGCCCUCAGGGGAGAAAAGGGGUGAAAAGGGAGCGGGCGUAUGCCCCAUCCCUUGUGAGAGCUUGACAAAGGAAGGCGAAAUGCAGCCUUCAGAAGAAUGCUGCCAACAAGCUGCAAUUAACUUUGAACUUAAUCUCACACCCUUCAGCUUUCCCGCCGCAUUUUGCGAGCAGUUCAUUAGGGAGACAAUAACGUUUACAGUUGUAAAAACUCAGGACGCGAGUCAAGACGGACCCCAGAGGAAAGACGUUCAGAGCAAAGCUUCCGUGAAGUCUGAUGGGAGAGAGAAAGGAGGGAAGAAGACUGGCCCUCCUCGAUCUGCCAUUCCACCGGGGGAAUCGAGAGUAGCGGAUAUGCCGGUUGGUGCAUUGCUACUCCUUAAAGACGGGGAACGCAUGCAGCCACCGGAAGGAGUCCAAGAAAGUCUCGCGGCAAUUCCAGGCGUUCUUUCGCUGCGCAUUGAAGUGAAAGCGGUCACAUCUCUGCUUUCCCCUGAGCUGCGGCAUCUUCUCAAUCCUGUUUGGUUUCUCAUUAGAGAUGCACGCUAUCUUCCGUCUACCUCUCAGUUGUUCCACAAGGGACGAUCCAGUGAUGCAGGUGAAGGCACAACAGAAAACCCUUCAACGGCAGCGGCAGCAGCAGCCACAGCAGGGAUGGCAGCACCCGCUGCCGUAGCUGCGGUUGCUUCUGCUGCACUGGCAUCGGAAACUAAAGCUCCGCUUUCCGAUAUUCAUUCCCGAGAGUCUUCCAGCGAUGCAAAGUCCUCCACGGAAGCGCCUGUUGAGUACUUCGCUCGUGCCCAACUGUUCCGAAAGGUCCUAGAGACAGACCCGAGAAGACCAACAAGAGUUCUGGGAGCAAACACAGUAAGAUGGGAUGCCGGAUUCCUCUGUUUUUGGGGGCCGUCUGUGGAGAAUCAGAACGAACUAAGAGACUUCAUUGAAGAGCGCCGACUAGAAGUACAACUUCUUAACACAUACGAUCUAUCAGCAAUGGACCAGUCAAACCUGUACCCAGACGUAAGUGCUGGACAAUGCAAAAGCAAGGCGGUGGGGAGGCCCUUGCUGAAGCAGCCUAAAGCUGCGAAUGGAACUCCUUCGAAAGUGCGACGGGCAACAACAAAGGCACAGCGCUCUCCAGGGGGCAAUCCAGAAGCUCCUUCAAACCAAUUCGUAGCAAACUGUACAAAUGCCUUCACGAUCGGUGCAGAACCAACUCCGUUUCGGCCUCCUCAUGGAGUGGCGUCAUUCUGCCUGAGCGCUUUGGCGAGUUGUGGAGCCACUCAUCUGUCAUACUGCACGGAUGUCCUUCCGGUUGCCGGUUAUGUGGCUAGAAAAGAAGAAGGCAGUGGAACGGUCCAACUCUGCAGAACCACUUAUUCUGAUUUCAUUGCUAGCGGCACGCAAAUUUCCAUAGAGAUCAGACUGGCAGAGCCGUUAUUCCAGCACCUAAACUUCUCGGCCUUACUUGGCCGAGACGUGCUUAACCAGGCAAGGCGCACAUGA